AUGAAAAUUCGAUUAGAAGGACUUCAUUUAUGGUGCAAAACAUGUUGGGCUUCAUUAUUUUUUACUACUGAUUCUAUUUUGCAUGCAAGACCUGUAUUUGAUUGGAUAUUAUUAGAAUAUCAAGAUAUUAUUUCUAAUAACGAA